AUCUUUGCUUAUUCGUAUAAACAGUGUGGUGACCGGGCGCAGCGCGUAAUUCACGUUCGUAAUAUCGUGCAAAUAAAUUGUGUUGAUUGUGUUAAUAAUAAUUGUGCAUUAAAAUGUCGGAUAUGAAGACAGACACUAAGAAAGAUACAAGUGUCGAUGAUGUGUCCAAGGACCAGGCAUCAGAAGAGAAAGUAGCAGCAAAAAAUAAACGUGGUGGCAACAAGCGACAAACGACCCUUGAAAAAGUUGCUGCUGAGGGUGAUGCAUUUGCCAAGGGAUUAAAUGCAUCUGCUGAAGUUGAAGGUAGAAGACGUACUCGUAGCUCAGCUCGAGGUUUGACACCAGCACCACCAACUCCAAUACCAGCUAAAAAAGCUAAAGCUGAACCAACACCAAAAGGUACAGGACGUGGUCGUGGUCGUCCAAAAAGACAAGAUAAAAAUAAUGACAUUAAAAAUAAUGAUACAGAUGAAGAAGUUACAAAUAAUAAAAACAACGACAAACAUGAUGAAGAAACGUCUGAAAAAAUGGAGGUAGAUGAGCCAAAAAAAGAUGAAAAAAAUGAUAUUAAAGAAAAUAAUGAUAAUAAAGAAAUAAAAGAAAAAAAUGAUGUUGAAAACGAAGAAAACAACAAAAAUGAUGUUGAAAAUGAUCACAAAGAUGUAGUUGAUACUAAAAAACCUGAAAAUAAUUCAAACAAGGAUGAAAAAUCAACGGAAGAAGUGGAUAAUUCAGUAAUAGAAAAAGAAACAUCAACAGCAACAACAACAGUAACCACAACAACAUCACCAACUACAACAUCACCAUCAUCAACUACACCAACACCAACAACAACAUCAACAACACCAUCAUCAACGCCAACGAGUGAAGAACAAAAGAAAAAUGAUGAUACUGUCAAGGAUAAUUGUUCAGAAACAAGUAAAGAUAAAGAUGUUAAAGAUUUACCUGUUGAAAAAUCAUCAACAACUGAAGUAACACCAGAAACAAAUACAUCAAACUCGACAACUGAUGAAAAAAAAGAAUAACCUUUUUUACAUUAAACAACCAUAUGUACCACAACGGCGCACACAUUGAAACAAAAUAAUAUCAAAAAGUUUCAACGUAUAUAAUUAAAAAUUAACAUCACCUUGAUAUCGCCAAUCACUGAUCAAUGAAUCAUCAAUCAGCCCACAAUAAUCAUCUCAAUAAAACAACCAUUUAUUUUUAUUUUUUUUUUUUAAAUUUAACAUUUCUUUUAAAAAUAUAACUCAGUAGCCAAGUACAUAUUUUGUUAUGUACUUGCAAUCUUUUUAAUUUUAAAUAUAUACGACUAAUAAAUAAUAAUAUUUCAUCUCGUGAAUGGUUAAAUUUAGAUGAGCUGAGUGUUGAUUCAACAGUUUGACAAGGUGUAGGGCAUAUAUUGUUCAUGUACAAUGAUAAUAUUAUUGUAAAAUAUAUUUAAUAUGGAUGCAUAGUUAAAUUGUUACAUUAAAAAAAAAAAAAAGAAUAAUAAAUAAUUAUUAUAAAUUUAAAUUUACUCAUCAAGUUUCUACUGGUACUGAUAAAGAAAGUAAAUAUUUCAGUAAAAAAAAAAAAAAAAAGUUUAACAUUAAUGUGUUUAAUUACAAUCUUGAAGUAAUUGUAUUGCAUGAAAUUUUUUUUAAAUAUAAUUAUUUAAUAACAAAAUAAUAAAAAAUGACAUUCAAUUAUUAGUUUUAAAAAUUUCUGGUACCAUAUUAAAUAUGUUUAUAUAUUAUUUUGUGAGUGUACAGAUAGAUUAUAUGAUUAAUGCAUUUUUUUUUUUUUGUUUAUCAAUAAAAUUCCAAAUGUAUUUUAUAACAAUAACUACAACAGCAACAAUGACCACCAGUUCGAUUGAUGAAAAAAAAAAAAAAUAUAUAUUUUUCAAAAUUAAUCUUGAUGUUAGUUAUAUUUUUAUUUCAUUUAAUUUUUCUACAAAUUGAGACAUUAAAAAAUUAUAAUUAUUUGCAAUGAAUGUCUAAAUGAUGUAACAAAAAAAAAUGAAAGUUGAAAAACAUAAAUUUAUAAUACGUACGAUUGGUGCAAUAAGAUAUAAAAUAUCGUACACAAUUUGUUUAUUUUUUAAAUUAAAAAAAAAAAAAAAUAUAUGUAUAUUUAAAAUCAUCAAGUUGUACGAUUGUCAAACAACUGACUGCACGAUUAUUAUUAAAAACUAAUGCUGGAUUAAUUUUUACGAAAAUAUUUAAUUAAUAUAAACAAAAAAGAAAAAUAAAAAAAUUGGUGGUCAGAAAGUUAUCAGUGUGUUUGGAGUAAGUUUUAAAACAAAAUGAAAAACAAAAAAAAAAAAAAAAAAUAUCUAGAGUUACGAGUUAGAUAAAAAUAAAUUAACAAUAUGAACAUUUAUUAAAUAUAUGGGCUUGACGAGUUAUUGUCCAUAAGGUCAGUACGAGCUAAGCGAUAUGUGUAAUAAAACGAAAAAAAAAAAAAUAUA